AUGAGCCUCGACGAGGACGGCUGCGGCAUCCUGCGGUAUGGAUCCGGCUCGGUCCUCGCCGUCAUUAGCCGUGUGGACGGAGCCAAGUACGGUCAGUUUUACGACGAUACGCGGCUGGACGGGCAGCCGACGCAGCUCCUCGUGGGCUUUAGCUUUGGCGGCAACGGCUUCGCCAACUACCGCACGGGUCAGCAGCGCUUUGUCGCCACCAACGCCGACGUCCUUGUCGCAGGUGAAGACGGCGAAAUACUUCAGCACUACCGCUGGGAUCCCACCUCGGUGACGGCGCUGCUACCUCAUUCCAUUGAUCUGCAGCUCAACUCGGUCAUGACGCUCAAGUGCUCCAGCCAAGCAGCAAUACAGCUCACAGUCAAGCACCACAGCCUUCUCGUGUUUGAGCUCGGACGACCCGUGCGCGCGUCGUACCUCAACAAGAUUCAGCGCCGGCGGGUCGACGGGACCCUCGAGCUGGCAAUACCGCGGCCGACGCUUGUCGAUCGCCAAGAUCGCCAGAGUGAGACGCCGACAAAGAAAGCCCAGCGCUACAACUGGCAUCUGCCGCGCGUCUCGGCGAGUGGCCGCGAAGUCGACAAGGUGAGCGUCCAGUCGCACCUCCAGCCACUUGUCGAGACCAACAAGUCGCUCGUGCUGCGUCUCAAAUCCUACUCGACGGCAAUCGGCCAAAACGUGCACGAUCAAGUUGAGGCCCAGCGCAGCAUUCCUUGCCACAGUUUCUUCUCGCCGAUCAAGCGCCAGCACAGCUACAUCCCGUCGGCCAAGAUCGCCAAGCCCAAGGGGAUCGUCAAGACCCUCCCGCGCCUCCACCCCCGGUUUUUGGACCACAUGGUCGCGCGCAUGAAGAGCAACCAGCUCCUCGUUGUUGUCUGCUCCAAUCUCUCGACGUCCGACUGCGUCCAAGCCGAGCGCAUGCUGGCGACGAUCGAGGUCGAGUGGGCGACCGACGACGCUGCGCGGCCACUUGACGACGACACGCCGCCCCGCGAGCACAACCACGGGGCGUACGAAGACCCGGCGCCGGACCGCGCGCUCAGCGCCAAGCGCAUCGUGCUUGUCGACUGCUCCACUUCGACGCUUCUGAGCACGCGGCACAACUUCCGCGUCUACCCCAUGUUCCUCAUGUACUAUGGAGGUCAGCUCGGGUUCUGCGCCAACACAUUCAACGGCUUUGGCCGAUCCGCAAAGGACUUUGUCGCGCAGGUCAAGACGACGAUCCGCAACUGUCAGCGCAACCAGUUCCUCCCAACAAAUUUCCGGUUUCCGUCCAUGGACGAUCUCAUCAUAUAG